AUGGUGGCAGGCACCUCUGCGGGUCGGGGACUGAUACGCCUCUAUGUGCGCAUGGAAGGCCUUAUUCCUUUUGCCCUGCUUUUGGACGAUGAAUUGACUCCUGAAGCACUAGAGCACGCCGCGCGGCACUACGUGCGUGAUCGCUACGGGCCAAAGGCGGACGCGGACCAUCGGUUGGUGCGUCGCAUUAACUUUGCGGGGUCCGAUGUUCUGAUGGACUUUGCUCACACAGUGAAACCGCACUCACCGGUCAGGCCUCGUGUUGAUAAGAAGCUAACAGAACCUUCAUCUGAUGGUGUAGGGAAUGGUAUCGCCUUUGUGAAGGUGCUGCCUGCGUACCAUGACUCCAACUCCCCUGAGGCGAUUCGCGCUUCCUGCAUAAUACUACGUGCCCCAAUUUUAAAUGACGGUGCUGCCGCAGGCAUGGGGGGAGGAGGUGCUGCCGCACUUAUCCCCUCGUCGACGUAUAUGGCCUUUAUAGGGUUCCACCGUCUGGUGCUGAUGAUGACAGACCCGCGCAAUCCGCAGCGGGAUUUGUACACCCGUGUCGCCCUCUUGACGUAUCGCCAGUUUGUGACCCCGGAUGAGCUCUUGGGGCGGUUGAUUGAACGGCACGAUGUUCCGGCCAUAACCAGGCCUGGUGCCGGCGUUCGAAGCGCCUUGGAGCAGCACUGUUACCAGGAACUGCGCCGCGAGAUCCAGUCGGCUGUGUUUAGUGUCCUGGAGUUAUGGGUCAAGAGUUAUUACGAGGACUUUUCUAGUGAUGCACUACAUUCUCGUCUUCUUACCUUUGCCAGGGCAAAGGCUGAUCAGGCAGCUGCUCCCGCAGCGUUGUUGCGCCUGAUGGCGGAUGGCGACAGGACGGCUCUGUGCUAUCGUGCCCCAGCCAUGCUUUUAGGGGUGCCCCAACAGGGUGAAACACCCACCUCCGUACUGCUUCACUACUCGCCACGAGAAAUUGCCACCCAACUCACCAUUUUGACGUCCUACUUGCAUCGUCAACUCACAGGGCCGGAGUUGCUUGGACAACGGUGGGAAACGGGGGAGGCAAGUUUGAUACCAAAUUUCAUUCAGUAUCGAGAUUUUAUUUCUCGCUUCACGAACUGGGUUUCAUGCGCCGUGGUCGCCGAAAGGGACCUCACACGUCGGAGGGAAAAUGUAGCCUCACUGCUGCUUCUGUGCGAUGAGCUCAUCAAACUACGAAACUGGGAUAUUCUAGUUGCCGCGUAUAAGGGAAUGCAAGCUCCGGCGGUGGAGCGCAUGCGUCACACGUGGGCGUCUCUUCCUAAGAACGCUGUAGAACUCUCCAGUCGGCUGAAAAAACUGCUGGAUUAUGAUGCAGGGCAUAAAACCUUGAGGGAAACCAUGCGAAAAAGGAGUCAGUUACUGUUUCCAUGCAUUCCCAUAUUUUUUCAGGAGUUGAGGGAGUUGGAGGAGACCAAACGCAUCCAAGAGGGUCUCGUAAACUUUGGAUGCUGUUUGCAGCAAUAUCUUCUUUUGCAGACUCUGCUUCAAGGCAAGGAAGUAGCGGUGGAUCAUUUGGUGCCCAACAAAAGUUUGAUGGCAGCCUUUUUCUUCUGGCGCCCCGUGGAGACAUCACUUCUAAUGCAGCUCUCGAACGAGUCGGAGAAACCAUAG